GCUCACAGCUAGCUGCGCUCCCUCGGCCUCUGGCUUCGGCAAGCUGGGGAGCUGGCUAGGAAAAUAUCAUCAUACAGACAAGGUAACCGAAGAUGCAUCGAUCGGACCAUCGUGGAGACCAGCUGGAUAAAAGACCUGCACGAACCCCACAUAUUCCUCAUUAUGCCAUCCUCCACCUUGACCUCAGCUCAGCUGCAACGGAGACUUUUGUAGCUCAAACUUACUUCACUUGGUCAGCCAGGGAAGAACUGUCACUUCAAGCUUCACUCCAAGUCAGUACAGUGUGAAGCCUACAGCUCGUACUUCAAGCCGCCAGUGUUACAAUGUCUGCGGGAGUUUUAGCACCGGUGACCGCGUUGCUACUGGCCUGUGUGGCCAUCAGACAGGUGCAAGCGUUCGCCACCUACCGGUCUCGCAUUCCCAACGGCUUCUCCGUUCAGCAUCCGUGCGAUGCCGCCAGAGUCUGGCACGGAGUGGGACAUGUCAGCGAGCAGGGCGGCGACGCGCGCAAUCGCUUCGGCCUGGACUUCCUGGCAGAGGGCAGGGCCUGGACGAUGGCUCUGUGUCGAAACGACUCCGAUGGCGACGGUCAGUCCAACGGCGAGGAACUGGGCGACCCAGACUGUGUGUGGACGCCAGGUCAGACUGCAGCGCGUACUGUCAACAUCACGCAUCCCGGCUUCAAGACACCGGUCGGCCAACACGCCUACUCCAGCCAGGACCCAACCACGCUGGACUGCACGCGCCUACUCAAGCGCUGCCCGGCCUUCGACGCACCGGGCGUGCAGUACAUCGAUCUGCGCGCAGAGAAUGGCUCCGACAACACGAUCGUACCCGCACAGGAGACCACCUACUUCAACAUGAACUUCGAGCUGCCCUCCGAUCGGCAAUACCACGCAGUGGGGUUCGCGCCUCUCCUAGACAACCUCAACGUGAUACAUCAUUUCACCAUGAUGGGCUGUAAGUCGCCUGUGCCCACGGGACAAGGGUACGAGAGCUUCAACGUGCUGCCAGGCUGCGAGACGACUAUCUAUGUCUGGUCGUUCGGCCUGGGUGACGAAUGCAUGCCGGAAGCAGCCGGCGUGCCGUUCGGCGGUCGACACCCGCGCUACGUUCAGGUUCAGCUGCACUGGACCAAUGCUGACCUGGUGCCGGAUUAUCGCGACCGGUCCGGCGUGCGCAUGUACUACACCAGCCAGCUGCGUCCCCACGAUAUGGGUACUAUGACUCUGGGGCAGGUCAACAUUGACAUUCCGCCCGGCCAGACGGAGGUGGAGUUGCCGUUUCGCUGCACUAGCGAUUGCACUAAGACGCUACUGGACCAGGGACCCAUACAGCUAACGGUCAGCUUUCCACACAUGCACUUUCUCGGCAGCGCGAUGUACGUGGAUCUGAUCAAGGAGGGCGGCAAUCGCACUCGCAUCAUGGAUGACCACAGCUAUAACUACAACUCACCGGUGACAUACGAGUAUGCUCCGUCCUACGUGCAGGUGGCCAGAGGAGACGUGUUCGAGUCCAGGUGCGUAUUCAACAGCGUCGGACGCAACCAGACGACUCGAUGGGGAUUCGGCUCGUUCGACGAGAUGUGCUUCGCUUUCAUUCGCUACUUCCCCAGUCGCGGCGAGCUGGUGUGCAAUCAGUUCGGCCAGUUUGACCUCUGCUACCAGUCGUCGUUCGUGGAGGGUCCACGCUGCAGCGUGUUCAGCUACACGGAGAACAUCACCGUUGCCGUGAACAACGCCAUGCGCGAGUGUAGUGACGUCAUGCAAGCCGUCGCCAUGACGUCAUCCGAAGGUACCGCCAUCAUGUCUACAGCUACCACCACUGUUGCCCCGGUACCGGUGUGCUCAGCUCAGUGCCUGGCACAGGCGUCGCGUGUGCUGCGCGCCCAUCGCGACCCGUGCCAGCAGACGCGACAUCCGGACGAGUGGCGGCUGCUGAACCGCCUGAUCAGGGGCAGCGUGUCGUCGCUGGAGGGCGCCGUGCACCACUGCGAGACUGUGGGGCUGGUGAAUGACUCAUCUGCGGCGCGCAUGCCAGCUAGUGUUGCCCUGUUUUCCCUCGCGCUAUUGAUAGCGCUAAGCCAUGCAUAGCUGUGUCCCCCUUAUGCUGCUAGUACGUCACCGAUUCAGUGUUGCAUCGGAUGCUUCACCCCUGACAUGUGUAUACAACUGACUGUACACACUGUACAUAAUAAUAUUAUACAGUCACUUCUGUCCUAAUACUUUCACACUGUGAUUCGCUAAAGCAUGUGCAUUACACAUGCAUCAUGAGUGAAAACAGAUUUUCGAAAACCUACGCCACCGGUCUCUUUUUGUUUUAUUCCGCUGUGAGAUCUUUGCCACACAUGGAAGAUUACUGUUGUUGCGUAAUGUAGCAUUAUUUUCAUCACUCUGCUUGCCCCAAGGAGUCUUUUUUUUUAAGACAAUGAACUUACUUAGAAGGA